CGCACAAGCUUUUCUUCUUCAUCUUUGCUCUUCCGUGAUUGUGUCCUCCACAUAUGCUAGCUAGCUGCUUCGCUCUCUCCAUCUCUUCUUCUUCUUUUCCUAGAAAUUCCACGAAUUCACGAUGACUCUUCAAUUCUCUGUAACAUCUUAUAAGUAAGAUGAUUGUUUAUUGCUGCAAACCCGUUCUUCAUCGGAGAAUUUGAGUAAUUGUUGGAACCGAGUUAGGUUUUCUUGUGGGUAAGGUUGAAUUCAAUGGAUUCCUUGCUCAGAACCCACAGUAAGCUUGAAUUUCUUCAUCCAGUUCACGGAUUUACCGAAAAGACUAGCAAUUUAAUCACUUCAAAGACUUAUGGUCAAGAAUUAAGACUUGGAACAAAAAAACCCUACUCAAAAUUGUGCAGGAGCAGUAGUAGUUCCCUUUUAGAACUUGUUCCCGAAACAAAAAAAGAGAAUCUUGAUUUCGACCUUCCUCUUUACGACCCUUCGAAAAAUCUGGUGGUGGAUCUUGCAGUAGUGGGAGGUGGUCCAGCUGGGCUUGCGGUUGCUCAGCAAGUCUCGGAGGCUGGCUUAUCUGUAUGCGCAAUUGAUCCAUCUCCCAAAUUGAUAUGGCCAAACAAUUAUGGUGUUUGGGUGGAUGAAUUUGAAGCCAUGGAUCUAUUAGAUUGUCUUGAUACAACUUGGUCAGGGGCAGAAGUCUACAUUAACGAUCAUACCACUAAAGAACUUUCUAGACCUUAUGGAAGGGUUAAUCGAAAGCAACUUAAGUCGAAAAUGAUGCAGAAAUGCAUAACAAACGGAGUCAAAUUUCAUCAAGCAAAGGUCAUUAAAGUUAUCCAUGAGGAAACUAAGUCAUUUCUGAUUUGCAACGAUGGUGUCACAGUUCAAGCUUCGGUUGUCCUGGAUGCAACCGGUUUCUCUAGAUGCCUGGUUCAGUACGAGAAACCUUAUAAUCCUGGUUAUCAAGUUGCUUAUGGAAUUUUAGCUGAAGUUGAAGAACACCCAUUUGAUGUUAACAAAAUGGUCUUCAUGGAUUGGAGAGAUUCCCAUCUCGAAAACAAUAAGAAUCUAAAGGAGAGAAACAGUAGGAUCCCAACAUUCCUCUAUGCCAUGCCCUUUUCGUCAAAUCGGAUCUUUCUCGAAGAAACAUCACUGGUGGCACGUCCAGGUGUGUCAAUUGAAGAUAUCCAAGAGAGGAUGGUGGCUAGAUUAAAGCAUUUGGGUAUUAAAGUGAAGAGCAUUGAAGAGGAUGAACGAUGUGUGAUUCCAAUGGGAGGGCCACUUCCAAUCCUUCCACAAAGAGUGGUUGGGAUUGGUGGGACUGCUGGAAUGGUUCAUCCUUCAACUGGUUAUAUGGUCGCCAGGACUCUAGCCGCGGCUCCUAUAGUGGCUAAUGCCAUCGUUAGAUACCUCGGUUCUUCUGAAAGAAGCGUAGUUUUGGGAGAUAAACUGUCAGAGGAGGUUUGGAAAGAUUUGUGGCCAAUUGAGAGGAGAAGGCAAAGAGAAUUCUUCUGUUUUGGUAUGGAUAUCUUAUUGAAGCUUGAUUUAGAAUCGACGAGAAGGUUUUUCGAUGCGUUUUUUGAUUUGGAACCUCGUUAUUGGCACGGUUUCUUGUCUUCUAGGCUGUUUCUGCCGGAGCUUCUUGGUUUCGGAAUUUCUUUGUUCGCGCAUGCCUCUAACAGAUCCAGGUUUGAGAUCAUGACUAAGGGUACUGUUCCAUUGGGGCAGAUGAUCUAUAAUUUAAUAGAAGACAAUUAAUUAGAUUGUUUUUCAUGCAUUAUUUAUUGUAAAGUUGAUGCUGGUUAUUUGACUAUUAAUAAAUUUCUCUAUGUUUGAUUUAAAAAAAAAGAUAUUUACGAGU